GGAAGAAAUCUUCAUCAGAAUCUCCCCCCAAUCCCAUAAAGCCCACUUCUUUCAUCGACUCCAACUUCCAAAAACGCCUCCUCGCUUCAUCGAUCCAUUUCUCUUCCUCUCCUACUUUCUUGGAAAAUGCAAAUUCAAGUCAAAUCCCUCCUUUUUAUUUAUUAUUCCUCGGCAUACAGGUUAUCUGAAAAAUUUUAAUUGCGCCAUCUGAGACGAAGAGAGAGAGAGAGACAGACAGACAGACCAAGAUGGAUGGUUCAUCGGUUGGGACUGGUUUCAUGGCAGUUUUUAUUGUGUCUGGAAGCGUGGUGCUUCUCGCCCACCAUCUUCACAAAUGCUUCCUCUCUGACUUUAUGAAGAAGAUGGAAAAUGAACUGGUAAGAUCGCAGAGAAGUCACCCAAAGAAGAAGGUCCGGUUCGCAGAUGACGUGGUGGAGCCGUCGUCGGCCAACAAAGAGUAUAGGAGGAGGCACUCCUCAAAGCGGCGGCUGCCGAUUAAUUAGCAGCAUGCAUGCCACUCAACUGGCAAGCAUUGUACAAAGGGCUGACUGACUGAAUAUAUAAAGCCAUCAAAGGGCACUACAUCUGGAAGGGAGGAUCAGUUUUAGCAGUCAAAUUAUUUAAGGUUUUGUGAUGGUGGUUGAGGAUGGAGAUCCCUAACAGGUCUUUCGAUUUUAUGUACGGAUCAGUUUGAACAUUAACAGCCACCUUAAUCUUGUCUGUAAUAGUUAUUGUUAGUGUCAGGGUCUUUGACUCUUUCCUUGUAUAAUUUCAAUUUUCUAAACUUUUUCUUCUAAUUUUUUUUAUUUUUUUGUCAAAUUCUUUUAUUAAUUA